AUGCAGGCCCUGGGCUGCCUUUUCAUCCUUUUUCUCCUCCUCUUCUCCUCCCAGCCUUCCUUCUCCUUCACCCUCUCCCAAGCCGAGGCCUCCUUCAUUGCUAGCCGCCAGCUCCUAGCCCUCCCUGAGAAUGGUGAUCUUCCCCAUGAUUAUGAGUAUGAGAUUGACGUGAAGGUGACAUUCGCCAAUUCAAGGCUUCGCCGGGCUUACAUCGCUCUCCAGGCAUGGAAGAAGGCCAUCUACUCCGACCCAUACAACGUUACAGGCAACUGGGUUGGUCCCAAUGUCUGUUCCUACAAUGGUGUCUUCUGUUCAGUUGCAGCCGAUGACCCCCAGGCCAGCGUCGUCGCCGGUGUUGAUCUUAACAAUGCCGACAUAGCCGGGUUCCUUCCCCUUGAACUUGGACAUAUGACCGACCUUUCGCUCUUUCACGUCAACUCCAAUCGCUUCUGUGGAAUCGUUCCCAAGAGCUUCUCUAAGAUGGAGAUUCUCCACGAGUUAGACCUGAGCAACAACCGCUUCGUUGGGCCGUUCCCGGAGGUGGUGCUCUCCAUUCCAAAGCUCAAGUACCUUGACAUCAGAUAUAAUGACUUUGAAGGUCCACUGCCUCCGGAGCUGUUCGAUAAGGACCUGGAUGCAAUAUUCUUGAACGACAACCGAUUCGAAGACACCAUCCCUGAGAAUCUCGGAAACUCACCGGCUUCGGUCAUUGUUUUUGCGAAUAACAAUCUUAGUGGGUGCAUCCCCCAGAGCAUUAGCAAGAUGAAACACACAUUGAAUGAGAUUAUAUUCUUGAACAACCACCUCAGUGGCUGCCUGCCGCCGGAUAUUGGGUUGCUCGAGAAUGUUACAGUUUUUAUUGCUGCAUCCAACUCGUUUUCUGGUAUCUUGCCUAAGAGCCUCUCUAGCAUGAAGAGUUUGGAGCUGCUAGAUGUCUCGGACAACCAUUUAACAGGAUUUGUUCCGGAGAAUAUAUGUAAAUUGCCUAGUUUGGGGAAUUUCACCUUCUCGUAUAAUUACUUCAAGGGUGAGUCGCCAGCUUGUGUAACAUCAAAGCAGAUGGAUGUUGUGUUUGAUGAUACAAGCAACUGCUUGCCUGAUCGUCCUAAACAAAAGACAAGUAAAACUUGCAUGCCGGUGGUGAACCGACCGGUGGAUUGUGGAAAGUCCAAGUGUGCUGGUUCAUCAUCUCCAUUGCCAUCUAGACCAACACCUCCUGAUCCCCCCCACCGUGAAUCUCCAAUCGUGCGAACAAGAAGUCCUCCACCACCUCCACCUGUGUACUCUCCACCACCACCAGUUUCUUCUCCCCCACCUCCACCAGUUCAUUCUCCCCCACCUCCGCCUGUGUAUUCUCCACCACCACCACCACCGGUGUACUCUCCUCCUCCCCCAGUCCAUUCUCCACCACCACCUGUCCACUCUCCUCCUCCCCCAGUUUAUCCUCCACCCCCACCUGUCCACUCUCCUCCUCCUCCCCCAGUCCAUUCUCCACCACCACCUGUCCAUUCUCCUCCUCCCCCAGUCCACUCUCCACCACCACCUGUCCACUCUCCUCCUCCCCCUGUCCAUUCUCCUCCUCCCCCAGUCCACUCUCCUCCUCCUCCAGUCCAUUCUCCACCACCACCUGUCCACUCUCCACCCCCACCCGUGUACUCCCCACCACCACCUAUCUACUCUCCACCACCACCACCACCUUCUCCAUCUCCUCCUCCUCCUGCACACUCACCACCUCCCCCAAGCCCCGAUUUCAUCCUCCCUCCACACAUAGGCUUCCAGUAUUCGUCGCCUCCUCCACCAAUGUUCCCAGGCUAUUAA